UGUUUUUUUUUAAUUUCUUUCUCAAAAGUUCUGUGUGUAAGGGGACCCAGCAAGGAAAAUUUUGAUAGAUCGAGGUAAGGGAACAAAACUGAGCCCACUCCAUAAUUUCAUUUUGCUUUCCUAUACUUCUCAUUACCCAUACGUACAUCCAUGUUCUACUAGGAAACCUUCUUAAAUCUUCAUAUGACUAGUGAUAUCCCUUCAUUUAAUGCUCAAUAAGUUUUCCCUCCCACACUAUUACAUAUACCAUUUCUAAUACUGAUCCCAACUAAAGGAAGAUAUAUAUAGUUUUCCCUUGCUACAUAUAUCAGACGUCGAUCGAUCAACUGACUUUGAAGCUAUAUAUAGCUAGGUAAUUAGUUUCGUCUUCGUCUUCAUCAUCAUCAACGUCCAUAUAUAUCUAUAUAUAUAUAUAUAUAUACACUACACAAAAUGUCAGUCACUUGCUCUUGUAUUCUUGUUCUAUUCCUUCUAUGCCUUGCUUUGCAUGCAUGUAAUGCCAGGACGCUUCUUGGUGAUGUGUACGAUAAGAAGAAAUCAGAUGAGAAAUUUGAUCCUCAUCAUUAUCAGCACUUUUUAACAGAGGGUCAUCAUGGAGAGAAUACAGAGCCGAACGAGAAAUCAACCUCAUUAAAUAUGGAAGCCCAAAUAAGUACCGACAGUAGUACUAAGACCCAAUAUAAUAAAGAUGUUAUGGAAAGACCGAAAGAGCUAAUGAAGAAAGGAAAAGGUGAUUUGAAUGGUGUUCGAACAAGUACGACUGAGUCGGAUGUUUCAGUUUCAUGGCGAGUGCCUCACGAGAAACGUGGUGAAAAACAACCUGGCUUUAACUUGGACUACUCACCUCCAAAGACACACCCUCCUUCUCACAACUAAAAAUUACCUACCAAGCUACUCUUAAGUAAUUAUUAAUUAACCCUUUUCUUACUACUCUAGUUUUUUCUUUUUGUAGCUAUAUCAAAUGUUCUAGUACUGCUCUUUUAGCUAGUUAUAUAAUCAUAUAUAUAUAUAUAUAAAUACACUUAAUUUCUUGUAUUAUUUUUUUCACUUAUAUAAUCUUUUACGAUAAGUUAUGUUACGUACCAAUU